AUGUUGCUGAAGGUAAAAUACCAGAGUACCAAAAAGUACAUCAGGUUAAAUCUGGGGUUCACCUAUUUGGAAUUCAUCAAUGAAGUCAAACGCAAGUUUGGGCUUUCUGAUGCGGCUGAACUUCAAAUCUUUGAUGAAACUGACACAGCAGUGGAAGAAGACAUCCUUCUUGAACUGGUGGAGGCCAAUCCCGAUUUAUGCCUGACAGUACGGGACAGCUUUUUAGGUGAAGAUCAUUCAACACCAUCUUCCCUCACGGAUACAAUGUCACCUUCAAGUGAUAAUGACCUCUCCAGUCAAAGAGAAUGGGGGGCUCCCACAUGCCGCAAUGUGUCCAGCGUUGAAGUCAUGAACACGUCUACCACAGAGGUUUCUGAGUCGGAGGCUGCAAAAGAGAAAGUGCUCUGCUUAAGAAACCUGGAGGUGAUGAUGUCCUGGAAGAGUACAAGUCAGCACAGCACUCGGAGACAGCUUGUCAACAUAUUGGCUAGCCAUAUGACUGAAAUGCAUGGGAGGAUUCCUUCCCGUAAACAGAAGGAGAAGUAUGCCCUGGGAAUCAUUAGUCUCUUUCCGUCCCUGAAAGAUCCCUUUUCUCGAAAAGGCUAUCUAACUCAAGACUUCCUGCUGCUGUUUGGUACUGAAACAGCCUGCAAGAUGUUUGAGAAGUGGGACACUACUUUCAAGAUCAAGAUUAUCAAAGAAGCCAAACACCUGACUCAGUCAACAGAGCUGUGUCGACUUCUGUACGCUGCUGAGACACUUGCAGAGAACGAUGACACCAGCUGGGACAGUGACAUGGCUUGUCUGCUGCUGCUCCUCUAUCUCUUGCCACCCACUGCUGGACGGAAGAGGACCAAGAUCAGUCCCAGUGAUGCAGUGGACAAAAUGGUCCACUUCCACAAGUCGUGCUGCAGCAUCGAUGAGCACCUGCGGGGAAGAAAGGGUCAACAACCGUACAUCCUUGCUCCUGGCCGAACCCGGAACCGGAUUGACACCUUCUACAUUGUAAUCGACAAACAGCUCAUACCAUGCCAAGCCACCAGCUCAUUGGGUGCUUUUGACGAACUGUUCAAAUCUCACUAUGUGUUCAACCUGUCCUACGAGGAGUCGUUGGUCCAGCUGUACACAUUUAUCCAGACAACAGUAUACAACAUCGACAUCAACACAACAGAUGAGUCUCCCAGAAUCCGUGAGUUGUGGGCAAAACUCUUAAACUAGAAUCAAAACAUGUACAAGUGUUUCAUAUGUCAAGCUGUACACAAGACAUGCCAGUCCUUGGUAAGCCAUUUAAGAAUGGAUCACAGUUUAUAUCCUAGCAGCAGGUUUAAGUUAGUUUGUCCACAAGAUUGUUGUAGGCGUCAGUUUUUAUCAUAUUCAGGUUUCAAAAAACAUUUAAAUACUGUUCAUGAGAGGGAUCUAUGUCAAAGUGGUGAUGCAGCAAACUCUCAGUCAUUUCUACCUAUGUGUCACAGUCUCCAAGGUACUUCACAUGUUGCUCAAACAAAUGUCACACAUGGCCUAAAUGCUGGGUGUUUUGAGGACAAUGGAUCAAAUCUCUACCAAAAAUAUGUGUGCUUCAAUUGUUGCUAAACUCCAAGGAAGUACUAUGGCAAGUAGUUUUGUUUCAACAAUUGUUAGUGAUUUGGAAGAACUUGCCACUGGACUGCACUCCCAAGUUAAGCAAGAAUUACUGUCUGCGGUGCCUACAGAUCAGGGGUCGGCAACCUUUUUGAUAUGAAGUGCCAUUUAAAAAAAAAAAAAUGUAUCAGCGUGCCAACG